AUAACCAAAAGCCGAAAGUCAAGAACCCCACCAGCGCAAGUCCCACUCCCACUACACCACUACUCUCCUCUCGCAAGAAAAAGUAGAGUUCUUUGGUUCAUCUUUUCGCCAAUUCUUUAACCUCAAACUCUUGUAUUUUUAUUUUCCCUUCAAUAAUGGGUUGUCUUCAUCUCUCUUCCACCUUCCUUUCUUUCUUGUUCUUGAUUUCUCUCCUUUCAGAAGUGAAUCCAGCUUCUUUCAAGAUCGUCAACAGAUGCCGCCACACGAUAUGGCCUGGCUUUCUAUCCGGCGCCAACACACCUCAGCUUCCUACUACUGGCUUCGUUCUUAACCCUGGCAAAUCAAGAACCGUAACGAUACCCAGGUCUUGGUCCGGUCGACUCUGGGGUCGAGCCCUUUGCGGCCAAGAUUCCUCCGGUAAAUUCGUUUGCCUUAGCGGCGACUGUGGCUCCGGUCAAAUCGAAUGUUCCGGGAGUGGCGCCAAGCCGCCAGCCACUCUCGCGGAAUUCACUUUAAACGGUGACGGAGGAUUGGAUUUUUACGACGUGAGCUUAGUCGACGGAUACAAUUUGCCCAUGUUGGUCGUGGCCAAGGGAGGAAAAGGCGGGAACUGUAGCGCCACGGGUUGCUUAUUGGACCUCAACGGCGCGUGUCCUCCUCAGUUACGUGGUGAUGGGGGCGUGGGGUGUAGGAGCGCGUGUGAAGCUUUCGGAGAUCCCCAAUACUGUUGCAGCGGUGCGUUCGGAACGCCUGACGUAUGUCACCCUUCGGUAUUCUCUUUGUUCUUCAAGCAUGCUUGCCCACGCGCGUAUAGUUACGCGUAUGAUGAUGUUACGAGUACGUACACGUGUGCAGGAGCUGAUUACGUCAUCAUAUUUUGCCCACCUCCUUAUUCCAGCCAAAAAGUAUUUGGCGCUCGGAAAGACGGAGCACUGCUACCGCUUGUGAAUAAGAGUACGAUAUACCUAUCACGCAUACAUGCGAAUAGAGCUGCAUUAUCAGGUCUGCCCCAAUCGCAAUUUACUGCCAGUGCAGCCCCUUCUGCUUUGACUCUUUUACUCUUUUGGCAACUUAUUUUACCCUUGUGACCAACAUCGGCCUGGACACCUUCCAGGCAAGUAGUAGCAAGAUAUAGCUGAAGAGAGUCGUAGCUGCACCACUUCUCUGCCUCAUCUGUUGUUAUUGCUGGAUCUUUUUUUUUUUUUAAAAAGCUGGCAACUUGUAAAUGCAGAUUGCUUACAGCUAUUGGGGUUUCACGUUUGCCACAAGAAGUAUUCUGUAUCUCCCCUGCACUCAAAGGUUUUAAUUUUUACUGUCAGUAUAAUACUUGUAAGUUUAGCAAGGCUUUAAAUUUCAAGUAUGUACAGCUUGAAUGCUCAAAUAAGCUCAAGGCUUUUGUGUUUCACAGUA